AUGGGUUUGGAAAGACCUAUAUACACAACUAAACACCAUAAAGGCUCGGUUCCAUUGUUCCAGUCCACCUUGGUUUUUGAUGGUGUGGUUUAUACUAGUGAUCUUAGUAGGACUAAGAAAGAGGCAGAGCAAUUGGCAGCACGUGCAGCUAUUCUUUCGCUUCAUGAAGAUGCAAUAAAUAUUAAAUCACAAAAAACUCUUGCGGACAUCAUUGCAUCUAAAGUCAGAUUCCAUGCAAUGUUGCAAAAGGUUAAAGAUUCACAUUUUUCUCAAAUUCAACCGAAAUCCAUGCCUGAAAAUACAGUGGAACGUGUUGCAAUGACAGUUAAUGAAGAUAAAAAUGUUAAAGAUGCUGUUUCAGACAGUGGAGUGGUAUGUGGUGCAAUUUCAGAGGCUUGUCCAACUUCUCUAUUUCGACCUGAAUUUAGUUCAACAAAACCGGAAGGAUCAUCCCCUCUAGUGAGACUCCCAAUAGAAUUUGUGCCUUCAACUUUAGAGGUGCCUGUUGGUGAUCAUGCAACAACUGGGUCUAAAAGGAGAUCUAAGAACAAGAGAAAGGCACGUAAGAAACUGUGUAUGGAGAACCGGUAA